ACGAAGUUAUCCAUCACCAGUUACUGCAGCAGUUCAUCGACAUUAAUUUGAUUGUAGAGGAGCUGAAAAAGUGAAAAUGGGAAAAAUACGCGUCAUUCGACAAGGUUUGUGCUUUCCUGGAAACCUUCCCGGUAGAUUGACUUCGAAGGCUGAAACUGUUAUUAUUAAGUGAAGCUUAUCUUGCUGUCAAUUGCAUGGAAGCCAAAUUGGAGCAGGGAAGAAAUGUGCAACAAAUCUAGCGUUUCAAGAUCGAUCAGCUGGGGCAAAAGGUUGAUCCUUUAGAUGACAGGUUGAGAUCGGUGGAGACCAUUGUGCAGAGAUUGGACACUAAGUUGGGAUCGAUCAGCUUGGGCAAAAUGUUGAUAGUUUAGACGAGAGCUUGAGAUCAGUGGAGAUCAUUCUGCAGAAAUUGGAUAUCAAGCUAGGACAGAUACUCGAUUUGCAACAAGAACUGCAGUCAACAUUGACUGACUUCAAUUCUGAAGUGGAAAGCUUGAUUCAGUAUUCUCAUUGUCCUCAGCACGCGACAACCCCCAAGCUACCUUACGUUAUACUGACGAUGUCGACAACCCCCAAGCAACCUUACGUCAACGCAGACUUCUCUGUUGGAAUUAUGGAAAGGGUGAGUAAUUUUCUGCAGCUCCAGACAGCCGUUCCCUUAAAUUUGAUGUGUGAGUCUGAAGCUGGACAUCACGAGGUCAAAGAUCAAGAAGCUUUGAGAUUAUGCUUGGUUCGGAAGAAUCGGGAGGUGUUUCGGAAAUAUCUUCAAUUCUCCUUGGAAUCCUUGUAUUAUGCUGGAGCGCUUGUGUACGUCGCGUGGACUGCGAAUUCAUCCUCAUUCCCUUUACUCUUAGUUGGUAUAUUAGCUGCAAUAUUUGUGAACUCGUUGUUCCGGGCGGCUGUAUCUCUUGGAUCUGUUGUUGUAAAUCUAGAUGGCAUUAGCGAUCGUGAUCGUAGUGCACUUCUAAAAGGUGAAAAAAGCAAGGAGCUGACAGAAGCAUGGUUGAGGAUUCAGCAAACUCAUGCGCCUCAGCUUCAAGAUAGCUAUUCGUCAAUCUUCAGCUUGUAUCAGAUUCAAAAAACGACUUGACGAGCAUGAAUCGGAAGACUUUAGGCGGAGGGGGUGGUGGACGCGAAUGUGCUGGACAACAUUAUUUUGCGGUUGUUGGAAGUUCGGGCAGGAAGGCCAGGCAAACAAGUCCAGUUGUCCGAGGCGGAGAUCCGACGAUUGUGCUUGGCGUCCAAGGACCUUUUCUUGGCGCAGCCCAACCUGCUAGAGCUCGAGGCUCCUAUCAAGAUCUGUGGUGAUAUCGAUGGGCAAGAAUUCAGAUCUUUUGAGGCUGUUUGAAUAUGGCGGUUUUCCGCCUGAGGCCAACUACUUGUUCCUUGGGGACUAUGUGGAUCGAGGAAAGCAGAGCCUAGAAAUCAUUUGCCUUCUUCUGCUGCUCGCUUGAAGUGGUGACGGGAGCAAUCUGUAUUUGGGAACGAAGGAGGGUGGGAUUGGAGCUGGCUGGUCGUGAUCAUUGUGUUCGGCGAGAAGUUGGAGGAGGAGAAGAGCGAAUCCGGGGAAUUGAGCUUUGUUUGUGACAGGACCCGCGCGGGCGCACAACAUGGAUGGCUUGAUAGGGUUGGUUAAUAGAAUACAGAGGGCUUGCACGGUGCUUGAAGAUAAUGGAGGUGAGAAUGCUCUCGGAACUUUGUGGGAUGCUUUGCCCUCGGUGGUUGUGGUCGGAGGACAGAGUUCAAGAAGGCCGUCAGAGUUGGAAAGUGUUGUCGGGAAAGAUUUUCUUCCUUGUGGAUCAGAUAUCGUCAUGAGACGGCCCCUAGUGUUACAGUUGCAAAAGACCGAGGAUGGAACGAGGGAGUGGGCUGACUUUCUUCAUGCUCCUUGAAAGAGGUUUGAGGGCUUUGCUCUUGUCAGGAAAGAAAUUUCCGAUCAAACAUACAGGGCUGGUGGUCGAAAGGGAAUUUUAAUAAUUCCAAAUUAUCUUACAGUCUACUCUCCGAAUGUGGUCAAUCUUACCCUGGUGGAUCUUCCCGGGUUGACGAAGGUCGCCGUCGAGGGACAAUCGGAUAGCAUUGUUGCUGAUAUUGAGGACAUGGUUCGUUCAUACGUGGAGAAGCCGAAUUCCAUCAUGGCCAUGAUGGAAUUCGACCCUGUCUUCAAGGAUUACCUUGACGGAGGGCGAACUGGUGUGAGGAUGACAAGGACUGGAGAGAGCAAAAAUUAGAAAAGGAGGACAAGAAGUACGAUGAAGAUGUGAAGGAUCUCUGGAGGAAGGACUGCGAGAAGAAGCCUGAGGUCACGAAGGACAACAAACAAAGCUACCUGAAACCUGAAGACAAGAAGAACAGAAGAAGAAUUACAAGAAGCCUGAAAACAAGGAGAAGGAGGAUGGAAGGAGGAGGGAGCAGCUUUUGGCGAUGGAAGACGAAAGCUCGAUAGGUAGAAGGAGGAGGUAGACUACAGCAACUCGCUCGCACAUGACCAUGUUUCGAGAAAAACUUUGCUUCUGGAACAACAACUCGCACCUCUCCUUGGGCUGAACAGACAGGACGAAGAAGAAAGACAGAGAGGCAGGCCAGACAAAUAGACAGGCAGGAUUAGCGUGGGACCAAGAACGUAACAGAUAUCGUUGGUAUCGGAGUACUUGACUGAGGCAUAUGAUCGUUUUGCUCCAUCCUUUUGACAGAUACAGACAUGAUGUGGUGUAGAAUCGCAUUCUCCCAGUCCAAUUGUGAAUGGAGUUUUACACAACGCAGAUUACAUCACAUCUUAGAUAUGCUUUCCAUGAAACUCUGAGUAGACAUCCAACCGUCUUUGCUCCGAACCAGUCAUUUAUGUUUCAGAUUCACCUGCAGAGCUCUCAGCUUGUCCACUCAGUUCGGUCACCCGUGAAGGUGCCAUUAGUAUUGUGCUGGCAAUUGCACCAGCAGCCGAAUUACCGCAGAGAAUAAAUGUGCAGCUGAGUCUCUGCCUCCCGGUUUGCUGCGAAUAAUGUAGCUAAAAUGUCAUAGUCCAUGGCGUGCCCCAGUAAAAUAUGAUCGGACGACAAGCUGUAUGCCCAAUGUCCAUUUGCUUUUCGUUUUCAGUCAAGGUAAAAUUUAAACUACCGUAUCCAGACAAAGCACCUGAAAUGAUUUAGACAAGGAGUAACAAUUCAACCGUUUUAGUGACUGGGCCUCAUGGACUCUGGCUACUCUACUGCAUGGAUAUUCCAGGGAACUGAUGGACACCGUCCACAGUCCGCAAUCGUCUGAAAAAUAGGCCUUCAUUAAAAUUUUAGAACUGUAGCGAUUAUCUUCAUGUGGUUUAUGCAGUUGGGGUUUGAAAAUGCCCAGGUACUCCGACUUGUGGAGGACUAGAGUUGCAUAUGAGUCGCUACAACUAUGAAUACUACGGCAUGAAGUGAAUUCGACUGCUGGACUAUGACUCGAUCCUGAAUUCUUUUCCAUCGCCGGGCCUCUCCAAGCCCCAUGCGACUCAAGGUGGGACAGUUCUUUGUAAACUGACCAGAGUCACUGGUGCUGUAUGGAAAGCUAUUUUCUCGAUGAAACAACAAGACAUGUUUCCAAAAUGAAAUCUAUCGAGCUCGGUAGCGUCAUAGUGCUGUCGUUAUACCCACGUGUUCUUCCUGAAACCCGUACGCUGCAUUCCAGAGGAACAAACAUUAAGCCAGCCGUCACUUAUGCUUGAGAGUUGCUGGUGGAACACAGUUUGGAGAUGUGACGUGUUUCAUAGCAUUUACAGUAAUCAUUCUCAAUCACUUAUCAGUAUCAUACUUGUGCUAAUUUAUGCGAUUCCGCAUUAUUUUUAUUAUUCCCGUAUCCCAGUAGCUUGAUUAUACUCACCCGUAGAGGAGAGUAUAAUAUCUCCACUAUUGCUUGGAAAGCAACCUCUUAUGCGUUUAUUCUUCCAGGAUAAACGCUUUUCAUUCCCAUCCAUAUAAAAAAUGCUCCGUUUCAUUUUGCCAAAGUGGCUCGCACUUCCUGCGUUUGGACUAAAAAAUACUGGUGCUUAGUUCUGUAGGCACCAGUAGCAGGGAAGAAGCUGAAAGAAUAAAGAGGCUUCUGGGAUGAUGUAUUCCAUUGAGCUCAGGGUUUGACUCAGAAUGCGUGUUAAAAAAAAAUAGAAGGGGCUAUUGUGAUUUUAAUGGAUUCUACAGUUGAGGCAUUGUCUUGU